GAAAAAUGAAAAAAAAAAAAAAAAAAAAAAAAACAUAAAAUAUGCACAUGAUACCACGACAUUUCAAUUUACGUUACGGAAUUGAGUUCACUUGUAUAGAUGAACUUUGCUAUGGUUCCCUAGAUUGAUCGGUUUUAUUUAGACUGCCUCGAGCCCCGAGAUAAUCCCUUAUGUUCCCCUUUGGAAGAGGCGGACAGUACUAAAGGCUACAAUUUUCCACCUUUCAUGCUCUUUGGAUUCUAGACUCCGCUCCGUCGAUCGGUCUCCAGGCAAAAUGAGGUUUCUUUGUCUACAUGGCAUUGGAAGCAAUUCCCAGAUGUUUGAACAGCAAACAGCCGCUAUUCGAUACGAGCUUGGCAACCAACAUACCUAUGAAUUCGUCGAAGGCGCAUUGCCCUGGGAGUCGUCCAUUAAAAAUGCCACCAAGACGGAUGAACCAACAUUCAGCUUUUGUGACCCUGACCAGCCGCAAUCAUGCCGACAGGCUGCUCGCGACAUCGAGGGGUACAUCAAAGAGGAGGGCCCUUUCGACGGAAUUAUUGGGUUCAGCUUGGGAGCAACCAUGGCCCUUUCGUGGUUGGUGAAUUGGUAUCAGACCAAGCAGGAGAGUGGGUCUGAUGUCGCGCCAUUUAAAGUGGCUGUCUUUUUCUCGAAUGCCAGGCAGCCAUACGAUCACGAUGCAUUUGCUACAGACCGCAUUGCAUAUUUGGAUUCCACCCAAAUGGGUAAAGUGAUUGACAUGCCAACUGCCCAUAUCUGGGGAUCGACGGACCCACAGGCUGAGGAAGCACAGCAAGCUGUGGAUUUUUGUGAUUCGGAAAGAAGAUCCAUCUUCGUGCAUGCAAAAGGGCAUGAAAUUCCUAGCUCAGUGGAGGACACAGUAUCCAUAGCGAAGGUGAUCAAUCGCGCCAUUUACCAAGUCGAAAGAAAAUGAAAGCUGAGCCGUUGAGAACCCCUUGCAGGAAAUUGUCACUGUAUACUGUAACACCUCUUCUAGCAAGGUAUAAACCAAUACAUCGGUAUGAAUGCGUAGUGACAAAGCCAAAGAUCUGUCUCACUCUCCUGUAAGGCGACCUGCCCGCAUAAUAUUUCCUUUUAUUGCAUUCUGCAUGCUCCU